UUACAUGUCUAUCGUUCAAGUGGAGCAUGCUGGGUUAAUGAAUAUUAAUACAUUUCCUUCACUAUAGUAGGAUUUGUGAAUUGGCUCACUGGGCUGCUGAGGAUUCUGCAGCACAUCGGUCUGAUCUCAAGUUUUGUCGGCUCCGCAUACACAGCAACGAAAUUACUGAAUGCACAACCCUUUUCUAUGUCUCUGGACAUGGGUGCUUUCAAUCAUUUCGCGUGUCCUUUGAAGAUGGCUUGGAGAUGUUUUAAUUUAACCGUCUAAUUAAAAACCUAGCUUUUCAUUUUUCUACAUUCACUACGAUUUUUAUUCAUUCGGGUUUUUUCACUGGACACUAAGGUUUCACGGGACCAUGGAUCCUACACCGACUUCAGAGAAAUCUCAUCUCAUCAACGAAAGAAAUGCCAAAAUAUACUCCUUAAAACUUAACAGUGAAUUCUCAGGUUCCAAGGAAAGUUGUCCAAACCUGCCUUUGGUAAACGGUGAUAUGGACGGUGCUAUCGAGCUGAAGAGGCCAGUUGGAACUCAUUGCCAUGGAAAUAAAGCAGCAUACGAGGAGAGUCGCGAGAAGCUCAUAGCGAAGAAGAAACUGUGCAUUGCCUCCAUAGUCUGUCUGGUGUUCAUGAUUGGAGAGGUUAUAGGUGGUUAUCUAGCACACAGUCUGGCCAUUAUGACUGAUGCUGCCCACCUUCUGACUGAUUUGGGCAGUAUGAUGGUCAGUCUGUUCUCCCUGUGGAUCUCCACAAGACCACCAACAAAGAAAAUGAACUUCGGCUGGCACAGAUCAGAGAUUCUGGGAGCAUUGGUAUCCGUUAUGUCAAUCUGGAUUGUGACUGGAGUGUUGGUUUAUCUUGCAAUUGAGAGGAUUGUAAAAAACGACUACGAGAUUGAAGGCAGCGUGAUGCUUCUCACCUCAGGCUGUGCGGUUGUGGUCAACAUCAUAAUGGCGUACAUUCUACAUCAUUCUACAACCUUCCACGGUCACGGUUCAGGCUACCACAAGAUUGAUGAUAAUGGGAUCAGUCCCGUGGGUCAUGGCCACUCCCACAGCCUCUUGGGUAGCCAUGGUAACACUAGUGUCAGAGCAGCGUUUAUUCACGUUUUGGGGGAUUUGUUACAGAGCUUUGGUGUGAUGGUGGCGGCCAUCAUCAUCUACUUCAGGCCAGAAUACAAAGUAGCAGAUCCCAUAUGCACUUUUCUCUUCUCCGUGUUCGUCCUGGGCACCACCCUAACCAUCCUGAGAGACGUCUUCCGUAUUCUCAUGGAAGGUGCACCUAAAGGUGUGGAGUUUAAUUCAGUGAAGGAGGUGCUACUUUCUCUGAAGGCAGUGAAGGCAAUGCAUAGCUUACACUUGUGGGCUCUCACCUUGGGCCAGAGUCUGAUAUCUGUUCACAUAGCUAUUGAGGAAAACGCCGACCCUCAGAGUGUCUUAAAGGAAGCCACUGAACUUCUCCAGACCAAAUUUGGCUUUUACACCACCACCAUUCAAGUUGAGCCUUAUUGUGAGGACAUGAUUCACUGCGCCCAGUGCCAGGACCCUAUGGACUGAGUUCUGCACCGGUGAGAGGAGCCUGUCUGUAUAAAAUGUGCGCACACAUAUGAAGCUUCAUUAAGGGUCCAAAACAGAAAUGGAAACGCUGUGCAAAUGUACCAUCCACAUAUCAUUACGAAUAUGUACGCACUACAUACACAUAAAAGUGAUGUCAGGUGCAAUCUUCAUUGGAAUGCUUUAAAAUGAUGUUUAAGCUUUGCGUAUGCAAAGAUAAACUGAAAUGGCACAAUUAUGAUUGCUGGGAGAUUUUUAUUGCGACUUUUGCCUGGCUGGCAGCAUACAUUACACCGGGAAUAUUGUAAUUGCCUUUCCGUGGACUCAGUAGGGUAGAAGAUGGGUAUCUAUGUGACUUCCUUAAAAACAAUUAGAAUAGGGUUUAUUAUGCCCUGCUCUCUAAUCAAUGCAAAUGCCUGCCAAAUUGUAAGGCUGAAAAGAGUUCAGUGAAGUGUAAUUAUAGAUUCGUUGGGAAUCUCUCACUAAUGUCUUGUUUGAUGGCAUAUUAGCAUUUACAUUAGCGAGCUUGUGAUUAGCUUAAGCGAGCCCUGUUCUCCUUCAGUGGAUCGAAGUGUGUAAGCCAUCUGUAGGUUAAUUUCCAUAUAGAGUACAAAUACCAUUGCGCUUUAAAAACAUUUCUCUGAUAGCCUAUGUCACUUCUCUCCUAACCAAAAGGGGAAUUAAAUACACUUUGUAGCAGAUCUGUCUGUAUUUGGAACGGCAUACUACCUCUUACUGCUACUGCAAUGUAUAGUGUAGUAUACUAAUGCAAAUUUCUGUAUAGAAUACUAGGAUUUUGCCAUAAUGUGGAGUAUGCAGAGUAUUGUAUCCCAAAACGAAAUGCACUUGAGUCGAACUUUCAUUUGUAGUGUGACAAUUUAUGACCAACACAGAUGGUAACACUUUAUAGUAAGGUUGUAUUCAAUCUGAAAACAAACGUUGCUAAAUAGUACUAAAAGUGGUUCACACUGGCUCAUAAUCAUAGGGGAACCAUUUUAAGUGCCAUAUAGCUCCUGUGUAGCACCAUAUUGUGCUAUAUAGAACCAUAUCUGGUGCUAUAUCACCCCCGGAUGGUUCUUCAUAGGUGCUUUACAGGUGCUAUAUAGCACAAAAAUGGUUCUCCUAUGAUUACGAGCUUUUAGUGCUUAUUUAGCGCACAUUUUUAAGUGUUUGUUUAUUUUAGUGUUUGUUAAGGUCCAUGUAAAGUCAUUUUAGGUACUGUUUCUAAAUACAUUAUAAAUGUAUUGCUGAAACAAGUUGCAAAGUCUGUAAACUAUGUAGUACUGAAUUGUGGAGUUACACCAGUUUUUCCACAUUUCUGAGUUCAGGAUUAUUUGGGCGGGACUGAAACGGUGGCUCGAUGACGCACUGGAGCCUCCGAGCAUGGCCCCGCCCCUAGAACAAUCAGGGGUGCGUUUCCCGAACAACGACUUAAGUCGAUGCAUAGUAGGAGAAACUAACUAGCUUAUCACAACUGUUUCCCGAAAGCAAAGUAACUUUGUCACACAUUCAUCGUUUGAACCAUGUUGGUUUAACAACAUAGUUGAUGUUGUCACGUGGGAGGUGGAGUAGUAAUGGCAGAUUACUGCUGUAAAUAACAUAAAUUGCAUCGGAAGACUGAUUUUGUUAUCGUGAUUAGUUAUCUGGUGUUUUAUUUCAAGAUAUUCAAUUUAUGCGCAAAUUCCCUCUUACGUCACUUCUACUAGGGAUUCCCCAGGGUCUUAAAGCUCGUAGGCUACACACAUGCGCAGUUUUCAAAUACAGCGCUUUAAUUCUGUUUACAAACUUAAAAGACGUAAAAUAAAGUUUGUAUAUAUAUUUAGAAUGAUGGAUAUAGAAUACACCACGUGUUUUGCUUAUUUUGUUCAAAAGCAUGAUCAACGUAAGUCUACACAUUUUAAAGGUCACAUUCUUUCUUAAAACCCUAUAGUGUGUCAUGUUGCUAAUAGCAUAAAUAAUACCUGCAAAAUGCUAAAGCUCAAAGUUCACUGUCAGGCGAUAUAUUUUCUUUAACAGAAUUCGCCUUUUAAAGCCUACAACGAACGGCCGAUUUGGACUACAGCUCUCUACUUCCUGUUUUAAUGACGUUAGAAGAAAAGUUUUUGACUAAACUCCGCCCACAGGAAUACGUCAGUCUAAUACGCCAGCUAAGCUAACGGCAAGCUAAGCUGCUAUUGAAUCACAGCACACUAAACAAACUACACAAUCAAAAACUCGUUACGUGUUUCUGAAGGAGGGACUUCAAAGAACAAGGAAGACAUCAGCCUGUUUUGAGGACAGUGAAAACAGCGCUAUACAGAUAAGUAAAUUGUGUGAAAAAUACCGCGUUUUUUUACACGUGAAACAUGAACACAUGUUAUUUUGCGCAUUGUAAACACAAUCAAAGCUUCAAAAACACAGAAAGAACGGGACCUUUAAUAACAAGGAACUAUGCUUCUAAUGACAGGUGAAGAGCUGUCAUUCAAACCACACGUUUGCGAUGCAGCUUGCGAAUGUUCGUUUGAACUAUGGUUUCGGGAAACACCAAACCAUUGAACUUUGUCAGUAACAACGAAAUUAACGACAGUAGUUGGCUAACGAUGCUUUUGGGAAACGCACCCCUGGACUCCAUUCAGGUUGUCGUGGAAUUUAAAAUUUCAAGAGACCGGCAGUUUUCCCGUGAGUUGGCGUGGUUUCUGGGCAGACACAGGACACGCCCCCAGAAUUUAAGAGCAGAUAAUCCUGCCUGUUUUUUCGGAAUUUUACUAGCAUAUUCAUUUUUGCGUUUUUGUAAUCAUUCAAAUUUGGCUGGGUGGUUAAUAUCACAUUUAAUAUCUGACUUUACAGGGACUUUAAUGCAUUAGCUAGCAUAAACUAACAAUGAGCAGUAUACCCUUAUAUAAAAAAAAACACUUACUAUAGUUAAAAAAAAACUUUUGCUACAGAACCACUGACAAAAUCAUGGUGUUACUCAGACUGAUCUCACGGAAAUUCAUUUUAUAGUCAAGCAAAAUUUGAUCAAUUUAUUUGUGUCCAUGGUACGAAAUGUAGCUUUUUUUCCAUGCCUUGAGCACGAAUGUCUCUUUUUCGUGCCAGUCGCCCAAAUUUCUAGAAAUAGUUUUUCAUGUCUGUUGCAUGACUUUCUUUUUCGUUUAAUUUUAUGUAUUGUUUUAUCAUUCAUUUUUUCCUAUUUUCUUACCAUUGUCGCUUGGGGUUGGAGUUAGAAUCACUUUUUUUUAGACAUCCUAACCUGAACCCCAACUCCAGGUGAGAGGAGGAAGAAAAACCAUGUAGAAACCAAUACAUAAAAGUACAUCCUAACCCAAACCCCAAAUCUAACCCCAACCGACAAUGGUUUAAAAAUAGGGGGGAAAAAAAUAGUAAACAAUACAUAAAAUGACAUGGAAAAGAAAGUCGUGCCAUGGACACAAAAACUAUGUAUAGAAAU